UCAGUAGCAGUAUAAAUUGACCGUGCGUCUUUUUAGAAGCUCAUUCAGACUUGGAACAUGGUGUCAGUAUAUUAAAUGCAGCACUCGCCUUCCUAAUUACCUGGAUUUUUCCGAUGUCACAUCAAAAAGGUGCAUGGGGGUGGAGUCAAGGAGGCGGAGGAUCUCGAAGAGGAAGAAGAAGACACCAAACAAGAGGCUAUUAUGACAUGGACGAAUACCGACGUCAAGGGCAAGGAAGGGUAAGAGGAAGAGGACAAAGAAGACAGAUUGGGUUCGAACGAUUAAGAGAUCUCACAGAUGAAGACAAUGUUGAAAAUAUAACUUUAGAACUCGCAAGUGAUAAAAGUGGUUUUGAGUCAAUGUUACAUAGUUCUUUUAUGCGCAUGGAUGAAGUCUGUCUUGUCCUUGAUGUGGUAGUCAAAAUAACCCGUACGCAUCAAAAAGAAGGCCUGAAAAAGGUUCUGAAGAUGCUAUGCACAUCUGGUUUUUUGGAAACCCAUCUUGUAAGGUUUAUCGAACAGCUCCGAACAUACUCUGAGAUUGAAUACAAUUGUGACAAUGUGUGCGUUAUAUGUCAGGAAAUACUGAAGAAACUCCCAAGGUAUGCAGAGGAAUGCAUUGUUGCUUUACAAUUUAUUGGGGAAGUGUUCUAUGAUAGCGGUUUGAUCCAUGAUAACCCUGAACUUGAAGCAUAUAGAGCAGAUUUGGAGGAGACAUGUAUUCAGCACAUGCAGUAUGGUUUUGAAAGAGAGGAUGAAGAACCACCGAACAACUACAGGGAUCUAGAGAUGUUUCCCAGCCCCCAGGAGUUGCUGGCAGAUGAGAAGCCAUUCCUGAGGGAGAACAAAGACAAGGGAGCCUACUCUAACUUAGACACUUACCUUGAUGUUCAGUUCCGGUUAUUACGGGAGGAUUACAUCCAACCAUUGAGGAAAGGUAUACUUGCGUACCAACAAUGCAAAUUAGACCAAGUUCCAAACAAGGUUGCAGAUACAUGGUUGUAUCACAAUGUACACAUAAUCCGCUCGAUUUGCUCUGAUGAUGUUGACACACGGUUGACAUUUGAUGUUUCUCGUGUUGGAAGAAUUCGAUGGCAGUCAACUAAAAGGUUGAUCUAUGGUUCUCUGGUUUGUCUCUCAAAUGACAACUUUGAGACGAUGCUCUUUGCAACUGUAACAAACAGAACUGUUCACGAUUUAUUGAAAGGGAACAUAGAGGUUAGGUUUGAGCAAGAUUUUGACAUUGUACUCAACAUAUCUCCAACUGACACAUUCAUUAUGGCUGAAACCCCAGCUUACUUUGAAGCCUAUAGGCAUGUCCUUUCAAAACUGCAACAGAUCGAAGACUCCCUUCCAUUCCAACAGUAUCUUGUUGACUGUGAAACAAACAUCCAAGAACCGGAAUAUAUAGAUCAUAGUGUGCGAUACAAUAUGACUGCUCUUGGAGGAUACAUGUACAGGGCAUAUCUUUCAUCAGUACCAUUACUAGACACAAGAAAAUGGCCACCACUGAAGGUUUAUGAUCUCAAUGAGGUUCAGCUACAGGCAGUGAGGAUAGCUCUUACGAAGGAACUUGCCAUUAUUCAAGGCCCACCAGGCACAGGCAAGACAUAUGUGGGCCUGAAGAUCAUGGAAGUUCUCUUGGAGAACAAAGCUCAGUGGUCAUAUCCAGGGUCCAACAAUGUGAUCCUUGUUGUCUGUUACACAAACCAUGCCCUGGAUCAGUUCCUUGAAGGAAUUCACAAGUUCCAUCCAUAUGGUAUCAUUCGAGUCGGAGGGCGAAGCAGUAGCAAAAUUCUUGAACCUUACAACCUGAAAGAACUACGCAGUGACAGAAGGAGAAAGAAAAAGAUGAGAAGGAUUGUUCAUGACAAUUAUUGGGAAUGUAAAAACCAAAUGGCUGCUAUCAAAAACACAAUUGAGGAGGUAGGCUGUAGGAUCGAGGCAAGCAUGCUUGGUGUUCUUCAUGAAGAUGUAUUGAGGCCACAUAUGGAACUUAAUCACUUUAGAAGCCUUCUAAAGAAGUUCAGAAUGGGUAGACAAUCAGCCAUUUUAACAUGGCUUGAGUUCAGAGACCUACCAGCUAGUACUCGAGCUGAAAAAACAUUCCAACGACUCAUAGAUUAUUGGACAAAAGCAGUUCUGGAUUAUGUCAGUUAUCAAGGACCCAUCAAAGAGGAUUUUUUCGAUAAUGGUCAGAUUCUGUCAAUGCCAUUUGUUGAGAGAGCUCAUAUGUACAAAUUAUGGCUUGAACAGUUUAGAUUUAAUGUCAAUCGGGGAAAAGAAAAAAUAGAGACACAGUGUCAAGAUGGAACUAUGACCAAUAGAGGUGGCCAUUUCAUUCUUCAAAAGUUGACUUCUCAGCUCAAACAGGCAAUGAUCUCCAUACUUCCAGAUGCUCUUUUACAGCAGUUUGUUCCAAGGCCUGUAUACAAGCUUAUCAAGGACACAUACUCUGAACACAACGAGGAAUACUCAAUCAAAGUAUGGCUUGGAGCUACACCACUUGUAGCUGUCGAUGAAGAUGAACUCUAUGAUGCCAUUGAAGAACUGGAUGAAAUCAAAUCAGGACUCUCAAAGGCAGAUGAAACAGCAGCUAUCAUUACCGGACAGAGAUUUGUUGAUGAUGAGGUUGAUAUUGUUUCAAAGCCAUCAGUUCAGAUGUCAAAGGCCACAAAUAAGUUGGCUCUGAGUUUUCAAUCGCUUCAUUACACCAAAUUACAUGAAGGAAACCAGAGUGCCAAUGAACAAGUUCAAUCUGCACACAAACGAAAGCAGAAGAAACGACUAGAGAAAAUUUUAAUGGAUGCACAACCCAUUAAUGCACAAAUAUUGCAAUGCAGGGAUGUGUGGGAUCUGAAUAUGAAUGACCGGGAAUCACUGUACAAGACAUGGGUGACAAGGUAUCAGCUUUAUUGCAAAUCAUCCAUCAAAGAUAAAGAACAGGAAUACAGACAAUUAGCAAAGAGGCGGAAGGAAGUCUUGAGGGAAGAGUAUAAAGAUAUUCUCUCUCAAGCAGACAUCAUUGGAAUGACAACUACAGGAGCUGCUAAACAUGCAGCUCUUCUUGAAGCUGUAGCGCCUCGUAUUGUCGUAGUAGAGGAGGCUGCUGAAGUCCUGGAGUCCCACAUAAUCACUGCCCUCAACACUGAGUGCCAACACCUCAUUCUCAUAGGAGACCACCAACAACUCAGACCAAACCCUACCGUCUAUGAACUGGCGAGGAAAUACCAUCUUGACAUAUCGCUGUUUGAAAGGUUGGUGAAGAAUGGGUUACAUCAUGUGACUUUAGAAUUCCAACACAGAAUGAGACCGGAGAUAUCUGUCCUAAUGAAACACAUUUACCCAACAUUGAAGGACCAUACCUCUGUUACAAACUUUAACUCUAUACGUGGUGUUGACAAGAACGUGUUUUUCCUUUCCCACCAGCACAGGGAACACCAUCUGAAUGAGACUAUGAGUAAGUCAAAUGAGCAUGAAGCAUCUUUCAUCAUAGCCUUGUGCAAGUACUUUCUGCUCCAGGGCUAUGAAGCAUCAGACAUAACAAUACUUGCUGCUUACACAGGACAAAUUUCAUUAAUCAAGAGACUCAUGGGAAAGGAGAAUGACCUCUUCCUAGAUGUGCGUUUGACUUCUGUUGACAAUUUUCAAGGAGAAGAAUGCAAGAUUAUCCUUUUGUCAUUUGUCCGCAGCAAUGAGGAAGGAUCUGUUGGAUUCUUGAGUAUUGACAAUAGGAUUUGUGUUGCACUCUCACGAGCAAAGGAAGGAAUGUUUGCUUUUGGGGAUUUUACUCUAUUUGCAGAAAAAAGCCCACUGUGGGCCAGUAUUGUACAGACGCUACGAUCAACAAACUCCAUUGGUCCAGUCCUGCUUCUGAGGUGCAGGAACCACCCGGAGAUAACAGUGUCAGUCUCAUCUGCUAGUGACUUUAACAAGGCUCCCAGAGGCGGAUGCACAAAGAGUUGUGGUGUCAGUCUCAUGUGUGGUCACAAGUGUGAUGAAAUUUGUCAUGUAAAUGACAUGGAACAUAGAGAGCAUAAAUGUCAGAAACCAUGCAAAAGGCUAUGUGACAAAUGUGGACAAAGAUGUUUGAAGAGAUGCUUUCAAAAAUGUAAAUGCACUAACAUGGUAAGAAAGACAAUACCUAAAUGUGGUCAUACAAAAGAAAUGCAGUGUGACUCAGAUCCUUCACUUUGGAAGUGUAGCAAAUUGUGCAUGGUGGUUCUGCCAUGCAGGCACAGAUGCGCUGGUAUUUGUGGAGAAUGUAAAAAUGUACAGUCUGGCCACAUGAAGUGCAUGAAGCCUUGUGCACGGCAUCUUUCCUGUGGUCAUUCAUGCAGAGGGGUUUGUGGAGACUGUACACGAAAUGGCUGCAUGGAAAAGUGUGAACAAAUCGUCAAUGUAAAACUAAAAUGUGGACAUAAUUGUCGUAUGCAUUGCCGAGACUCAAAGAAAAACUACAAAUGCUCUCAUAAAUGCGAGCAAAAUCUGACUUGUGGACACAAGUGCAUGCAAAACUGUAGCCAAUGCAGUCUUUUGGGUCAUGUCAAGAAGUGUGCUGUUACAACGAAAGAGACACUUCCGUGUGGACAUGUUAUUGAAAGUGAAUGCCACAAGUCAACUUUACAGAUGAAGUGCAUGAAGCCUUGUGCACAACAUCUUUCCUGUGGUCAUUCAUGCAGAGGGGUUUGUGGAGACUGUACACGAAAUGGCUGCAUGGAAAAGUGUGAACAAAUCGUCAAUGUAAAACUAAAAUGUGGACAUAAUUGUCGUAUGCAUUGCCGAGACUCAAAGAAAAACUACAAAUGCUCUCGUAAAUGCGAGCAAGAUCUGACUUGUGGACACAAGUGCAUGCAAAACUGUAGCUGUUACAACGAAAGAGACACUUCCAUGUGGACACGUUAUUGAAAGUGAAUGCCACAAGUCAACUUUACAGAUGAAGUGCAUGAAGCCUUGUGCACGACAUCUUUCCUGUGGCCAUUCAUGCAGAGGGGUUUGUGGAGACUGUACACGAAAUGGCUGCAUGGAAAAGUGUGAACAAAUCGUCAAUGUAAAACUAAAAUGUGGACAUAAUUAUCGUAUGCUUUGUCAUUCUACUAAAUGGGAUUUCAAAUGUGUUUGUGACCAAACAUAACGUUCAAAGAGUCCAGAUGUAGCGCAUCGUUUAAGGAUGACCGUCUACCCGGUUUGAAAAUUGGAAUGACAUCUUAUUUGAAACCACCAGGAUACCUAUGUUCGUUGUAAUGAAAUGUCGCCAUGAACACUUCUGUGAACACACUCUUUUUUGAGUGCAGUUGUUGAGUGUAAAUUAUUGCUACUUUAGUUUUUUAACAUGACACAAAGCCAACACUCACUAUUCAAAUAUGAUAAAAUGACACAAAACCCAAGCUGUUCCAAUACGAUUAGACGAGACAUAACCUGACCAUCAAAGUGAAAGUCCGAGUUAGAAUAGGUCUUCAGCAACCCAUGCUUGUCUUCCCUCGUGAAGAUUUGAGUUAGAAUAGGUCUUCAGCAACCCAUGCAUGUCAUAAGAGCAGACUAACGAGAUCGGAUGGUCAGGCUCGCUGACUUGGUUGAUGUAUGUCAUUGUAUCCAAAUUGCGUAUAUAGUUGCUCUUGAUGUCGAUCACUGAAUUGACUGGUCCGAUUCGAUUAUUUCAGACCACUGUCAUAUAGCUAGAAUAUUGCUGAAUUAUUUAUUGCUUGAAUAUUGUUCGUUAAACAACAAACGAAACCUGACAAUCAUUAUUAUGGUGUUAUAACAUGACACAAUUCCUAACAGUAACUAUUAAUGCGAAAGUAGUAACCUUAAGUAAAAGGUGACUAUGCUUGUCGUAAGAGGCGACUAACGGGAUCGGGUGGUCUCUGACUUGGUUGAUGCAUGUCAUUGAUCCAAAUUGCGUGGAUCGAUGCUCAUGACAUUAAUAACUUAAUUGUCUGGUCCAGACUCGAUUAUUUCCAGACCGCCGUCAUAUAGAUGGAAUAUUGCUGGGUGCGGCGUUAAACAACCAAGUAACCUUGAACAGUAUUUACGAAACAGGACGUCCUACCGUAGCCUUUCAGAUGAUUAAAGUUAUUUUGAGGAUUAUAUCACGCGAAAAAAGUAUUCUGGCUUUGGAUGUCUUAGGGUAGCAUAGUUUAUCAACUACAUUACAAGUUUAACAUGAAAGCAGGAACGUUUGUAUGGUUAAAAACAUGACCUGAUGAAGGUGCAAGAAAUUGUUCCUGAAAUAUCCCGAUAAACAAUAACGAAAUUGCUAUCGAUGAAAAGCUCCAACUCUUGUUCGUGACAUCAGUUAAGUUGAGUUCAAAGAUGUUAAACAUUCUUUUUACCACUAUUUUGCCUUUUACACCCAGCUGAAUCUGUUUCAGCAGAUAAUGGAGGCUGAAAUAUUUGAAAUAUUUCACGUUUGAAAUAUAGGUCAAUUUCAUAUUGCGGUGUAGUGAAUGGAAUGGAUAGUAGCAGUUGGUAAAUAAGCUGCUGUGUAUAUUUUGUACAUGCAUCCCCAAAGACAAAACGCUUUCUUCAUCUCUAUAUAUUUUAUAUUGGAAUAUAACUGUUAGUAACAUGUUUCUAUUUCUUUUUCGCUUAUUGGUUAAUAUUUCGUAUUAGGGAUUUCUAACUAUCACAGGUGUCGUAUGUAUAUCAUAAGCAUGUUGUUCGAUAUAAGUAAACCCUGCAGAAGUAGUUGUGAUUAAGUGUCAAAGAGAAUUCUACAUGACAAAAUAUGUUUGCUUGAAACCAUGUUGUAAAUAUUGUGUGAACAAUCAGAUCUUACGUUACACAACUGUAAGCCAUGUGACCCUUCAAAACAAAGCAUCACUUGAUUCUGUUUCUGUUCCUUCGUAUCAUAAUUGAAUUGAAGUACCUCGUAGACAAGGAUCCACAAAAAUUGUCAUCACAAAAGUAAUAAUAAAUUAUGAAUACAAAUUAUAGACAAAUUGGUAUUGUUUUUUUAUUUCACCCAUCUUUAAUAUCUUAUUAUUGUUAUUAAUGCUGUGUAAUGUAUUACAGUUUGAUACGUGUAUCAUAUUAAGGUUGUUUGUGUAUAACACUGGAUGAAAAACAAUUCCUGCUUAUGUCAAAAGAAUUACAAAUAUAUGUAAAACCAUCACUGACAAUGAAGAACUAGAUUCUUCUUAAACUGGUAUUAUAGGCAUGUUCCUUCUUAAAAAGUUACUCAUACAUUUUGUUUAAUCUAUGUGUGUAUAUAUUGGUUCCACUUUCCCCUGUUUGUGUGCAACAAGUUGUUGCUGAAACGUUAUCAGUUAGAUUCACAGUGCUGUAUCCUUUAAAUGGUGUUUAUCAUUAAACAAAAUAAAAUGAC